AUGCUCUUGACUACCGUCACACGAGCCCUGUUGGUCAUCAAAGCAUGGCAACACUUUCUGGUAAUUAGUACACCCAUGUGUUCUCUCAGUACCUCCUUGCCUAGAGCUCGGCACAUCGAUGAAGUGGACAUAAUCAACAAGAAAACCUUCCGAGAAAUAUCUGAUGGUUACUCAAAAUCCAAAAGGCGUUUGAUCCUUCUUGACCAUGAUGGUACAAUCAAGCCUGUAUGUUCAAGUAAUGCAGCAGAAGACUAUGCGAGAGUCCUAAGGGUUUUGAAGGCACUUGCUGGCGACUUCCGUAAUGAAGUUUGGAUCAUAACCGCGAGUAGUCUGUCGGGUAUCAAGAGACUCUAUGGUGAAAUCCCAAACCUCAACCUGGCCGGCCGCAUGGGAACACAGAUUCGGAGAGCUACUCCCAUAGAAAGAAAAAUAGAACUUCCGCACGCAGAGAUCACCAAACAACUUAAAUGCAUGGCUACAGCAAUUUCGCGUAAUAUGGGUCUAGGAGAUCCUAUUUUAUUGGGUGAUUAUUCCAUCAAAUUUGAAGAAAAUAGUUCAAAAAAUGAAGAACUGAAGGAACUGAGACACAAAAGACUGCAUAACAAGGGAACUCUGGCUAGACUACGGCUUGAAGAAACUGGACCCCCUUUUGACUUUGGAAUGUCCAUUGGAGACCUCAAGAUGGAUGAGGAUAUGCACCAGGAGAUGAGGAAAAAAGGACUUUUUGCUAUAGUUGUAAAGGAGAAUGAUCACCAGGAUAUACAUCACCACUUGGAAUCACAACAAAUCAGUCAUCAAACUCCCCAUGGCAUUGACCACACAGAAGACAAGCAUUGGGAAACAUAUGCUUCUCACCGAUUGAAAAACUUUGAAAAGGUCAUCACCCUCCUUGAACUAUUGACAAGCAUCAAAUGUAGUAAGGGGAUUUUCAGCAAGGUUAAGCAUCUUUAUGAUUAA